UUGGACUGCGGCGAGGAGCAAAGCUGUCAGCCCAUGUGGCGUGGCCUCCGGAGGUGGCRGCUGGUUAAAUAGGCGCCGGAGCCGGAGGGAGGCCAGUCAGGCAGGCAGUCAGUCAGUCAGGAGAGGACCGCAUCCACGCAGCAGCGGCAGACGCAGGAGGAAGAGGAGGAGGAGGAGGAGGCGCUGGCGGAGGCGCCAGGUUGAGUGCGCACCAGGCACGCAAGCAGCACGCAGGACGCGGCGGCCCACGGGCGGAGGGAUUGGCCUUGCGCCGGGCAGAGGAGAAGAAGCAGCAGCAGCGCCAUCGCAGACCUGAGCAGGGACGAAUUGAGAGAUGGAGGAAGUGGUGGUUGCAGGCAUAGCAGGGAAGCUGCCAGAAUCAGAAAAUCUGCAGGAGUUUUGGGAAAACUUAAUCAAUGGAGUGGACAUGGUUACAGAAGACGACCGGAGAUGGAAACCAGGAGUUUAUGGACUGCCCAAGAGAAAUGGAAAACUCAAGGACAUCAGCAAAUUUGAUGCUUCCUUUUUUGGAGUGCAUCCUAAGCAAGCCAAUACCAUGGAUCCCCAACUUCGCCUGCUUUUGGAAGUCUCUUAUGAAGCUAUAUUGGAUGGUGGUAUUAAUCCAACUGCAAUCCGGGGCACAGAAACAGGAGUGUGGAUUGGUGUGAGUGGUUCAGAAGCCGGUGAAGCACUCAGUGUAGACCCCGAACAAUUGCUGGGGUACAGUAUGACCGGCUGCCAGCGUGCCAUGUUUGCCAACAGAAUCUCCUACUUCUUUGACUUCAAAGGCCCAAGUAUGUCCAUCGACACAGCCUGUUCCUCGGCCCUCGUUGCUCUGGACAAUGCUUGCAAAGCAAUUCGAAGUGGGCAGUGUGAAUCAGCCCUUGUAGGAGGAGUCAAUCUCAUAUUGAAACCCACCACUUCUGUGCAAUUCAUGAAGCUUGGGAUGCUUAGUCCUGAAGGUGCCUGCAAGUCCUUUGAUGCUUCAGGGAAUGGAUAUUGCCGUUCAGAAGCUGCUGUAGUUGUUUUCCUGACCAAGAAAUCAAUAGCGAAGCGGAUUUAUGCUACCAUUGUCAAUUCUGGUUGUAACACUGAUGGAUAUAAAGAACAAGGCGUGACCUUCCCCUCUGGAUGGAUGCAGCAACAGUUGGUCAGUUCUCUGUACCGAGAGUCUGGGAUUGAGCCUGAAGAUGUUGAAUACAUAGAAGCUCAUGGUACAGGCACAAAGGUUGGAGAUCCUCAGGAAGUGAAUGGCAUUGUCAGUGUCUUCUGCCAAUCAGACCGACCACCGCUGUUGAUUGGAUCAACCAAGUCUAACAUGGGGCAUCCAGAACCUGCUGCUGGCCUUGCUGCUUUAGCAAAGGUGGUCCUCUCUUUAGAACAUGGUCUAUGGGCACCUAACCUUCACUACAAUACCCCAAAUCCAGAUAUCCCUGCCUUACAAGAUGGUCGUCUCCAAGUGAUUACCAAACCGACUCCCACAAAAGGUCAAAUAGUUGGUAUCAAUUCCUUUGGUUUUGGAGGUUCAAACGCCCAUAUCAUCCUGAGACCCAACAAGAAGAAAUUACCCCCACAGGAGACACCUCCGUGGCCACGAUUGGUACAGUUUUGUGGAAGGACUCAAGAAGCUGUAGAGACAUUAAUAGAACACAGCAAAAACAAUCAGGAACAUAUCUCAUUUCUGAGCAUGCUCAAUGACAUCUCUGGGAUCCCUGUGUCAUCCAUGCCUUAUAGGGGCUACACCUUGAUUGGCAGUGAAAAUGAUGUGAAGGAAGUCCAAAGUGCUCAGUCGUCAGGGAGACCUCUGUGGUACAUUUGCUCAGGCAUGGGAACCCAGUGGAAAGGCAUGGGUCUUAGCUUAAUGAAGCUUGAUCUAUUCCAUCAGUCCAUCUUGCGUUCAGAUGAGGCUCUCAAAGACACAGGUCUGAAGGUGUCUGAUCUACUUCUGCAUGCUGAUGAGAACACAUUUAAUGAAACCGUUAAUGCAUUUGUUGGGCUUGCUGCCAUUCAGAUUGCCCAGAUUGAUCUUUUGAAGGCAAUGGGUUUGCAACCUGAUGGGAUCAUUGGUCACUCAGUUGGAGAGCUGGCCUGUGGGUAUGCGGACAACUCUUUAAGUCAUGAAGAGGCCAUACUUGCUGCCUACUGGAGGGGCCGCUGUGUCAAAGAGGCCAAACUGCCUCCUGGAGGCAUGGCUGCUGUUGGUAUGACAUGGGAGGAGUGCAAGCUCAAGUGCCCUCCAGGAGUGGUGCCUGCCUGCCACAACUCUGAGGACACAGUCACCAUUUCAGGACCUCAGAGUCUGGUGUCCCAGUUUGUGUCUAAACUGAAAGCAGAAGGUAUAUUUGCCAAAGAGGUGCUCAGUGCUGGAGUGGCUUUCCAUUCUUGCUAUAUGGCAUCAAUUGCACCAGUCCUACUUAGUGCACUACAGAAGGUUAUUCCCAGUCCAAAGCCACGUUCACCUCGCUGGAUCAGCACCUCCAUCCCUGAAUCUCAAUGGCAAACUGAACUGGCUCAGUAUUCCUCUGCCGAGUACCAUGUGAAUAACCUUGUCAGCCCAGUCUUGUUCCAGGAAGGCCUGCGACAUAUCCCAGAAAAUGCUGUUGUAGUGGAGAUUGCCCCACACGCCCUUUUACAGGCAAUCCUAAGGAGAGCUUUGAAGCCAACCUGCACCAUUUUACCCUUGAUGAAGAGGGAACAUAAAAAUAACCUGGAGUACUUCUUGACACAUGUUGGAAAAAUCCAUAUGACAGGAAUAAACAUCCUUGCAAACAACCUGUAUCCACCAGUGGAAUAUCCUGCUCCUAUGGGAACUCCAUUCAUCUCCCCAUACAUUCUCUGGGACCACAGUCAGACAUGGGAUGUGCCCAAAGCUGAAGACUUCCCAACAGGCUCCGGGAAUUCUGGAGCAGCAACAGUCUACAAUAUUGAUGUGAAUCCUGAAUCAGCCGAUCAUUAUUUGGUGGGUCACUGUAUUGAUGGCCGGGUCCUGUACCCAGCAACUGGCUACCUGGUACUGGCCUGGCGCACUUUGGCACGCUCUCUAGGCACCUCCAUGGAAGAAAUGCCCAUCAUCUUUGAGGAUGUUACAAUCCACCAGGCAACAAUAUUGCCAAAGAAAGGCGUAACACAACUAGAAGUAAGACUCAUGCCUGCUUCCCAGCGUUUUGAGGUGUCUGGAAAUGGAAAUCUGGCUGUAAGUGGAAAAAUAUCUCUUUUGGAGGAAGCUGCUCUAAAUAACUUCCGUAACCAGCAACUUGACUUGGGGAGUCAGCUGAACCCAGACAUUCACUUAUCGAAGGGGGACAUUUACAAAGAGCUUCGCCUGCGUGGGUACGACUAUGGGCCGACAUUCCAGGGACUCUUGGAAUCCAGUAGCGAUGGGAAUUCAGGGAAGGUGUUGUGGAAUGGGAAUUGGGUCACAUUCCUGGAUACCCUGCUGCACUUGAUCAUCUUGGGGGAACUGGGAAGAAGUCUGCGCUUGCCAACCAGAAUCCGCUCCGUUUGCAUUGAUCCCAAACUACACAAAGAGCGUGCACAGACAUACACCGAUGAGAUAGAAGCUUUCGAUGCUGCUGUAGAUCGCUGCCUUGAUACUAUCACAGCAGGUGCUGUUCAGAUAUGUGGUCUUCAUGCCAGUGUGGCUCCUCGACGGCAGCAGGAACAGACCUCGCCCACACUGGAGAAGUUUUGCUUUGUGCCCUACAUGGAGGAUGGUUGCUUGUCCUCCAAAGCUCAGCUUCAGUCCAGCUUUGAACAUUGCAAAGUGUUGAUUCAGAGCUUACAAAAGAAGAUAGCAAAGCAUGGAGUCAAGUUGGCUAUCCCAGGGCUUGAGAAUGCAAAGGUCUCUCCGCAGUCAGAGCCUGGACAGAAAGGUCUUGCACACAUUCUUGCUGAAAUCUGCCGCCUGGAGCUCAAUGGAAACCUGCACUCCGAACUCGAACAAGUUGUAACUCGGGAGAAGCUGCAUCUUCAGGAAGACCCCCUUCUCAAUGGCCUGCUGGAUUCUGCUGCCUUGAAAUCUUGUGUAGAUUUAGCACUGGAGAACAUUACAGGUUACAAGAUGAAAAUAAUAGAGGUUCUGGCAGGAAAUGGGCAUCUAUACUCACGUGUCACAAGUAUCUUAAAUACUCAACCAAUGCUUCAAGUAGACUAUACCGCCACUGAUCGAACGCCAGAAAUCCUGGCAUCAAAAGAGACCCAUUUGCAGGAAAUCGGUGUUUCCACUGACUUGUGGGAUCCUGUUAACCCUCCUUCUGGAAAUCUGGCAAAUGCUAACCUCUUAGUUUGCAAUUGCUCCUUGAAUACUUUCAAGAAUCCAGCAGAGGCGCUCUCCAACAUGGCAACAACCCUGAAAGAAGGUGGCUUUAUCUUAUUGCAUACUCUCCUAAAAGAUCAAAUUCUGGGAGAAAUCGUUGGUUUCCUUACUUCUCCAGAGCUUCAAGAAAAACCAGGUCUUCUGACUCAGGUAAAAUGGGAGGAGUUAUUUACUAAAGCCGGUCUGAACUUGGUGGCUGUGAAAAAAUCUUCCUUUGGUGCAGCCAUCUUCUUAUGCCGUCGGCCACUUCCCAUGAAGCAACCUAUUUUCCUGCCUGUGGAGGAAACCCAGUACAAAUGGGUGGAACCUUUGAAGGAAAUGCUAGCAGAUACCUAUGACCAGCCCAUAUGGCUAACUGUUACUAACUCUGGCACUUCAGGAGUUGUUGGGAUGGUGAACUGUCUGCGUCAAGAACCUGGAGGCCAUAGAAUCAGGUGCCUUUUUGUUUCUAACCUGAAUGCUUCUUCAGCUAAGCCCCCCACCAACCCUUCUGCUAAGGAGAUGCAAAUGAUUCUCCAGAAUGACUUAGUGAUGAAUGUUCAUCGUGAUGGAAAAUGGGGCUCUUUCAGACAUCUUCAGCUGAAACAAGCUCAGUCUCAAGAGAUAACUGAAUAUGCAUUUGUGAAUGUAUUAACACGUGGGGAUCUUUCCUCACUUCGGUGGAUUGCUUCCCCGCUACGCCAUUUCCACACAACCAACCCCAAUGUUCAGCUCUGCAAAGUCUAUUAUGCAUCUCUCAAUUUCCGUGACAUUAUGUUGGCUACAGGAAAACUCUCCCCAGAUGCCAUCCCAGGAAACUGGACACUGCAGCAGUGCAUGCUGGGCAUGGAAUUCUCAGGGUGUGACUCUACUGGGAGAAGAGUGAUGGGGCUGCUGCCCGCUAAAGGACUCGCCACAGCAGUCGACUCUGAUACCAGGUUCCUAUGGGAAGUGCCACAAAACUGGACUCUACAAGAAGCAGCCUCUGUACCCGUGGUAUACGCCACGGCUUACUAUUCCUUGGUGGUCCGAGGAGGCAUGAAGAAGGGGGAGUCUGUGCUCAUCCAUUCAGGCUCCGGUGGUGUUGGCCAAGCGGCCAUUGCUAUUGCCCUGAGCAUGGGCUGCCGUGUCUUUACUACUGUAGGCUCUAAAGAGAAAAGUGAAUAUCUCCAGAAAAGAUUCCCGCAACUUGAUGCCAACAGUUUUGCCAGCUCCAGAAACACCUCUUUUGAACAACAUGUUCUGAAAGUCACAAAUGGAAGAGGUGUCGACUUGGUGCUGAACUCCUUGUCAGAAGAGAAACUCCAAGCCAGUCUGCGUUGCCUUGCUCGGCAUGGUCGUUUCUUGGAAAUAGGCAAAUUUGACCUGUCCAACAACACAGCCCUUGGAAUGGCCCUUUUCCUGAAGAAUGUGGCUUUUCAUGGAAUCCUAUUAGAUGCCAUUUUCGAAGAGGGAAAUGAAGAGUGGGAAUUAGUGUCAGACUUGCUAACAAAAGGCAUCAAAAAUGGGGUAGUAAAACCUCUGCGGACAACUGUUUUCAAAAGAGACGAGGUAGAAGCUGCAUUCAGAUAUAUGGCGCAAGGAAAACAUAUUGGGAAAGUUGUGAUCCAGGUCAGGGAAGAAGAAAAUCAAUACCCCGCAAAGGAAGCUAAGCUAACCCAACUCUCUGCCAUCUCCCGGAUGUCUUGCCCACCAAAUAAGUCCUACAUCAUCACAGGUGGCCUUGGGGGAUUUGGGCUGGAAUUGGCUCAAUGGCUGGUUGAAAGAGGAGCAAAAAAGCUGGUGCUAACAUCUCGAUCUGGCAUCCGAACGGGCUACCAGGCUAAACGGGUCCAAGAAUGGAAACAGCUUGGAAUCCAAGUUCUUGUCUCAACCAGUGAUGCCGGGAUUCUUGAGGGGGCUCAGCGCUUAAUCCAAGAAGCUUCUCAAAUUGGGCCCGUUGGGGGCCUCUUCAACUUGGCUAUGGUCCUGAAAGAUGCAAUGCUGGAAAAUCAGACUCCAGAGCUUUUUUAUGAAGUCAACAAACCCAAGUAUUUAGGCACACUGCAUCUGGACCAAGUAACCCGCCAAAAUUGCCCAGAACUGGACCAUUUUGUAGCCUUCUCUUCAGUCAGCUGCGGAAGAGGCAAUGCUGGGCAGAGUAACUAUGGUUUUGCCAAUUCUACCAUGGAGCGUAUCUGUGAACAGAGAAGGCAUGAUGGGCUUCCAGGCCUUGCCAUACAAUGGGGUGCAAUUGGUGAUGUGGGCGUUGUCUUGGAGACCAUGGGCAGCAAUGACACUGUGGUUGGGGGAACUCUGCCCCAGAGGAUCAGCUCAUGCUUGGAUGUUCUGGAUCUCUUCCUCAACCAGCCUCACCCGGUCAUGUCCAGUUUUGUCCUGGCAGAAAAGCUGAUGGCAAAAAGUGAUGGUGGUAGCCAGCGUGAUCUUGUGGAAGCUGUUGCUCACAUUCUUGGCGUUCGAGAUGUGAGCAGCCUGAAUGCUGACACUUCCCUGGCCGAUCUGGGUUUGGACUCCCUCAUGGCAGUAGAAGUACGCCAAACCCUGGAGAGGGACUACGAUAUUGUAAUGUCAAUGAGGGAUGUUCGAUUGCUUACCAUUAACAAGCUGCGAGAAUUUUCUUCUAAAUCGGGGACCACAGACACAUUAUCCCAGGAGACAAAAGGCAGCCAGGCUGAACAACCCAGACUGGAUUUGAAUAAAUUAUUGGUUAAUCCGAAUGGGCCCACAAUCAUGCUGCUCAAUGAAGUGAAGAGCCCAGAGCCUCCUCUCUUCCUCAUUCACCCCAUAGAGGGAUCUCUCACAGUCUUCAACACCCUGGCUUCUAAACUCCGUAUACCAAUCUAUGGACUUCAAUUUACCAAAGCUGCUCCUUUGGACAGUAUACAGAGUCUGGCAUCCUACUACAUUGACUGCAUAAAACAAGUGCAGCCAGAAGGCCCCUAUCGGAUUUCAGGAUACUCCUUUGGUGCCUGUGUCGCCUUUGAAAUGUGUUGUCAACUCCAAGCUCAACAGAAUCCCUCCCAUUUACCCAACAGCCUUUUCCUGCUGGAUGGUUCACAUUCCUAUGUAGCAGCGCACACACAGAGCUACAGAGCCAAGCUAACUCCAGGAAAUGAGGCUGAAGCAGAGACUGAAGCACUGUGUGCCUUUGUUCAGCAGUUCACUGGCAUGGAAUAUAAUAAGUUGCUAGAAGUCCUUCUGCCUCUGCCCGAUCUGGAAGCUCGUGUCAACGCUGCCGCAGAUCUGAUAACUCAGACUCACAAGGACAUCAGCCACGAGGCACUCAUUUUUGCGGCUACUUCUUUUUACCACAAACUGAAGGCAGGAGAAAAAUAUAUGCCGGAAUGCAAGUAUCACGGCAAUGUGAUGCUACUGAAAGCAAAGACACACAACGAGUUUGGAGAAGGCCUUGGAGGAGACUACAAACUUUCAGAGGUCUGUGAUGGAAAAGUAUGUGUUCAUAUCAUUGAAGGGGACCACUGCACCAUUCUGGAGGGAGACGGCGUUGAGUCCAUUAUUGGGAUCAUUCACAGCUCGCUAGCAGAACCUCGGGACAGCGUUCGAGAGGGCUAGAUGCUUCAGAAACUCUGCUGCCAUUGCUAGAGAGAAUUCAAACCUGGCCCUUAUGACAACCCCAAGGGAUUCCUUCGUGUAAUCCAUCAUAUCAUCUGCUCUGCAGCCACGUGUAGGAAGCCACGUUCAUCUGCAUCCCCCCCCCUCUCCUUUCUUACCCUCUCUUUCUACACAGUGACUGUUUUUGCAACUGUUGCAAGGACCUACGAUGAUGGUGAGAACUUCUACCAUUUAGCAGUUGAAAAUUAGGACCAGAUAUGUGUGUAUAUGUAUGUGUAUUGUGCUAUGUACUGUAUUGUUGUCUUAGGAGUAUUCCAAAGUGAAACUAACCCAGCUCAGUGAGCAAAGAGGGCAGCUGCAGCUGAUUUUGGAGACACCUUUGUCUGUGAAGAGUCAGUCUGUAGCAAUUUCAGUAAGUUAAUUCCAUUGAGGGUUCUUUUUGUAACUAUUACUUUUAAUUUGAAAUAUCUAGGUAUUUAUUGCAUUGUUAUUUCACUUAGACUGUUUUAAUAUGUCACUGACUAAAUGAUAAGGACAAAAUAUUCCAUUGUGGAGUAUUUUUUUCCUCUGCUGUUUGGUUGCCUCAGAUUCUUUUUUAAAUGUAACCAAAAAUUAUCUUUAGAAGCGUGUGCUCAUUUAGACUGGAAGGCAGAUUCCCAGCCAAAAUAACACAUUUCUCUUCAGAAUUGUAUUAUUUCCGCUAAAUUGCUAGUCCCUUCUGAAACUUGAAUGGAAUUGAUUGGUAAUUCUGAGCAUGUGUAAUGCAUGCUUUUUAAACCAGAAGUUGGGAUUACAAUAUUGGGCAUUUCUGACAUUUAUUUCAGGACUGCACAGAUUAGGUGCUCAAUGUCAUCCUUUCCCCUGGUGGCGCAGUGGGUUAAACCCCUGUGCCGGCAGGACUGAAGACCUACAGGUGGCAGGUUCAAAUUCGGGGAGAGGCGGAUGAGCUCCCUCUAUCAGCUCCAGCUCCUCAUGCAGGGACAUGAAAGAAGCCUCCCACAAGGAUGAUAAAAACAUCAAAUCAUCCGGGCAUCCCCUGGGCAACGUCCUUGCAGACGGCCAAUUCUCUCACACCAGAAGCGACUUGCAGUUUCUCAAGUCGCUCCUGACACGACAAAACAAAAAAACCCUUUCCCCUGAAAGCUUGUAGUUUACUUCUUGUUUUCUCCCAUUUGCAACAUGAUUCAGACUUCUCAUGGCUUCAUAUUGAUUUAACCUUCUUCAAUUCUUCCAUAUACAAAGCUCUUCAGCAAUUACUAUUCUCUGCUGAAAGCGCCUGUGUAAAAAAAAAGGAACUAGAGGCCCUUAAGUAUUUUGUUAACUUCUUCUGUCUUGAGACAUGCUUGUAGGAUAAUCAGUGCAUCUUUGCUGCACCAAUGAUACAGAGGAGGCAUGCUAGCCUCAGCGAGACUGCUGUGCUUCUCCAAAUGGCUUUAGAAGCCAGGCCUCAGCUGGAUUAUUUUUCCAAUUCUGAGGUCCAGAGACUUGCACGCAUUUCGGACUCACUGCAAGUGAGUGGCUUAAGCCAUCCUCUGUGGACGAGCAGCUAGGAGACUGAUUUUAGUUCUUAAUUUUAAGAGAAAAUUCCUUUGAAAUCUGAAGUGUAAAAUGAGAACAUUUCAGAUUCCUGUUAUGUUGUGAUUUCUUCUCUUUUUUAUUUUUACAUUCCUUUGAUGAAAAAGCUCUGGGGUGUCUUUUCUUCUGCGGCUCUCCUGGAAUUAAAUGCAACUUAAACUCUG